AUGGAGUUAAUUGGUUUUACAGUCUGCAGCUCUACCUUGCAGAAAGUCUCAUCAGUACCUGGGAAUGACUUAAAAUUAUAUGCUUUAACAAGCCAAGUCAUCAAUGGUGAGAUGCAGUUCUAUGCCAGACCAAAGCUUUACCAAGAAGUACCAGCCACAGAAGAAGGCAUGAUGAGAAAUUUCAUUGAACUGUCCCACCCAAAUAUCCAGGCCUAGAGGGAAUUUCCAAAGAAAUUUGUUGGAAUGAGUUAUCUAACUGGCCCCGGGAGAGGGGGAACUGACUGUGCCCUGGACUGCGGCUCUGGGAUAGGAAGGGUCAGCAAGCAUGUCCUGCUGCCUGUUUUCGACAGAGUGGAGCUGGUUGAUAUGAUGGAGUCUUUCCUGCUUGAAGCCCAGAACUACCUGCAGGGCAGAGUGGACAAGGAAGAAAGUUACCACUGCUACAGCCUGCAGGAAUUCACACCCCUCUUCGGGAGAUAUAACAUCAUCUGGAUUCAGUGGGUGUCAGGGUACUUAACUGGUGAGGAUCUGCCUGCAUUUCUUUCCCAGUGACAAGGUAGCUGGAAAGAAAAUGGUAUCAUCAUACUGAAGGACAGUGUGGCACAGGAGGGGUGCUUUGACCUCUCUGACAGCAGUGCGACUCAGGAUAUGGACAUCCUCGGGACACCAGUUAGGAAGAAUGGGCUGUUGGUGCUGGGCCAGGAAAAGCAGCAGGGCUUUCCAGAGCAGUACAUUCCUGUGUGGAUGUUCGUACUGCACUGUGUAGACUCUUCUGAGUAG